UUGCACCUCAGGGAGCGAGGAGGACUUUGGUGCAGCUUUCAGUCGCAAGAUUCUUUCUAUUAUCAGUCCGUGCUCAGUCUUGCAAGGGAAUACAUCAGUUCCUCGACUCUCCUUACCGUUUGGGUUUAAGGCAGAAAUCCAGGAGACACCAUGGGAGGCAAGCUGAGCAAGAGGAAGAAGGGGUACGAUGUCAGCGACCCAAAGGACAAGAAGGAGGAGAUUACUGUGGCUGCUGUGAGUGCCGUUGAGGCCGUGGCCCAUGCCGUGGAGARCAAAGCACCAGCUCCGGUCGCUGAGUUGGCAGCGAAGACUGCUCCUAAGGUGUCUGCUGCGGUAGAGGGAGCAGUGGAGUCGGCAGCGGUAACCAUCACAGAAGCGACAGAAGAGGCCCUGUCAGCUAUAGAGGCAGUGACCAAGGGGGCCACCGCAGAGCCAGCGGCUGUACCAGAUGAACCUGUGGCAGCCCCGGCAGAACCAGAGCCAACAGCAGAAGAGCCAGUGGCUUCAGAAGAACCAGCGGCAGCACCAGAGGAGCCAGCACCAGCUGCAGCACCAGAAGAACCUGCAGCCCCAGAAGAGCCAGUGUCAGCACCGGAACAACCUGCAGCAGUAGCAGAGGAACCAGCCGCAGCUCCAGAAGAGCCAGUGUCAGCACUGGAAGAACCUGCAGCAGCUGAGGAACCAGCAGCAUCCCCAGAGGAACCUGUAACAACACCAGAUAAAACAGAGGCACCGGAAGAACCAGCGGCACUAGACGAAACAGUGGCUGCACCAAAAGAGCCUGCCGUGGAAGAGCCUGUACCAGAAGAGCCUGCGGCAGCACCAAAAGAACCUGCACCAGAAGAGCCUGCGGCAGCACCAGAAGAACCUGCACCAGAAGAGCCUGCGGCAGCACCAAAAGAGCCUGCCCAGAAAAGCAUGAUGCAGCACCAAAAAGAGCCUGCACCAGAAGAGCCUGCGGCAGCACCAAAAGAGCCUGCACCAGAAAAGCAUGAUGCAGCACCAAAAGAGCCUGCACCAGAAGAGCCUACGGCAGCCUCUGUGGAACUAUCCGCAGCACCAGAAAAGGAUGCUGAGGCUACAGAACAAGCCACAGAAGUGGCAGACACUACAGAACCUAAGCCUGCUGCUCCAGAGCCUGAAACAGAGACUGUUACAGGGGAGGCCCCAGAACCUGAGGCUGUGCCCGAGGCACCAGUAGUGGCAGAAGCAGCUUCACCCGCACGGGAGGAGGAGCCUACAUCAKUUGCAGAAGCUGUGUCAGAGUCAGCCACAGAGGCAGCCGCAGAGCCAGAGGCAGCCGCAGAACCAGGAUCCGUCCUAGAACCAGCCGCUAAAGAGCUCCCCCUACCUGUAGAAGAAUCCGUAGCAGAGCUUGAACCUGAAGCUGCUGAUGCAGUAACAGAGGCAGCAGAGCCAGAGGCUGCCGACAUUGCAGAACCCAUCCCGGAGAUCAUCAUUUCAGAAUCUGCUGCACCUGCUGCUGCAGAGGAGGCCAACGCUGUGCCACAGGAGGCUGUGCUGGACAACAGGGAAGUUGUUUCCGCAGAGGAGGCUACUGCUGAGCCUUCUGCCCCUGAGGUCAAUGGGGAGUGUCAGGAGCAGGCGGCCGAGCCGGCUGCCGUGUCUGCCCCGGAGCCACAGCAAAAGGAAUGUGUCAAUGGCAUUGACAAGCCAGAGGAUGCCGUUGAGGUGCAAAUUGACUGUGAAUUAAAAAAGGACUUGAACCUGACUGGCGACAUCCAGAUUCCUGAGGCGAUCGGUGAGGCAAUAAGUCAGGCUGUUGACUUGGUCUGAAGCUAAUAUAAAUGUGUCCCUAAAGUCCCUAAUGAUCCGAAAAAACCUCCAACACAAGCUUCUGAAGAUAAAUCUAAAAAUGUUUGUUGUGGCAAAGGAGUUUCCGGUUAACUAAAAGGAAAUACAACCACUCAAGUGUAGAGAGGGGGAGUGAGGUACAUGUAGGAAGAGAUGUGAGACAUGGAUGCAGUGUUGAGUCUUUGUGCCCCACACGUCAUUGCAGAGGGGCAGCCUGUGUUUGCAGCAUUUGUGGUGAGAUGAAAGCCAGCAAAAUUUGAGGGAUGAGUAUAGGAAAACCGGGAAAAAACAGAGAAAAAAACGUGACAUUGGAAAUUUGGAAUGGAAUGAGUAGUCUUGUCUUUGUGUGUGAGCCUGAUGAAUAUUAAAAAUGGUUUAUCAGAAUAGCAUUCAAUAGUGAUCUAAUUUMGACUUUCACAUAUCCUUUCCUUAACCAUAUGAAAAAAUAAUGGAUGAAAAGUUUUGGGCUUUUAUAAUGGUGCAAACAGUAAGGAAUGUUCAUUGAUGGCUUGGAAUGGAGAAUAAAAAAAGACUGUUAUACCUGA